GUUCUUUCUAUUACACAAGGCAACCGUUUUCCACUUCGUUUUUGCUCCUAAGCCUGUGUUUAACGUUACCGUUUUGUGUAGUCAUCUCAUUUUUCUGUUUUUUGGAGAAAAAUAAAAGAACUGGUCUUUUCAAAAGCCGAUAAAAUCUUCAAGUUUGUGCAGGACAUCAGAAAAUCUAUGUCUACCGGUAUCCAGAAUUUAAACACUUUUGAUCCGUUUGCUGAUGCCAUUCGGGCUGAUGAGCAAGGUGGUCAGGAUAAAUUAAUCCACGUUAGAAUCCAGCAGCGCAACGGUCGCAAAACACUUACAACAGUUCAAGGAAUUUCAGAUGAUUACGAUAAAAAGAAGAUUGUAAAAGCAUGUAAAAAGGAAUUUGCAUGUAACGGUACAGUUGUGGAACAUCCAGAGUAUGGUGAAGUGAUUCAACUUCAAGGUGAUCAAAGAAAUAACAUAUGUCAGUUUUUGACAAAAGUUGGCAUUGCCAAGCCAGAACAACUUAAAGUUCAUGGUUUCUAAAAUCGCCUUAGUCUAUGCCUGCAAUGUGGAGUACAUUCCAAAUUAGGCCGAUUUGUAAUAAAUCUGAAAAUCAUUUUGCUUGUUUUUUAAAUUUAUACUUUUUGGAUUGUUACAAAAGCAGAAAAAGAUGAACUCAAUAGAACAAAAUAAUUAGACAUUUAGAUAUAAAAGCAUUUUGUUGCGUAAAUACCUGUAAGUUAUCCAUGUGACAAAUUUUAAUAAAGUUUGAUUUUGUGUAAUAAAUGUUAGUUUUUCUAAAUUUUUGAAUCAUUUGCACAUUGUUGCAAAAUUUUAUAACUGAGCAUAGAUUAAAAUAGGGUUAUUAGCAAAAUACUUGUUCCAUAAUUGAAAAUGUCAAUUUUGAAGAGGAAUGUUUAUUUUUUAGUGCGGGAUAUUUCAGCAGUGUUAUGCUGUCAGUUUAUCUUCAUAUUUAAUAAUCUUUUGUAAAAUUUUGAACUUUCUGGUAUAUUUAUGUACAUAUGAGAAUUAUUUAAUUAUGAUGUUUAACAUUAGGUCAUAUCAAAAAAUGCUUCCUUUCAUUCUUAGUUUUCACUUUCUGUGUAAAUUUCUGUGAGAAUGUACCUUUAUUGAUUUUAAACAGUUGUUGAAUUUCUGGAAUAUUUCUUUAAAAUAUAUCAUGAUUUUAAAUAAAACAAUGCUUUGAAAUUAUUUGAUAUUUUUCUGUUAUAUAUUUUGUAACUUUUGGAAUUUAAAGAUUAUAAUUAUUACAACAUGUUCGCUUUCCAUUAUGCCAUGUUAAGAACAUGAGGACUUAAAUAUGUUGCCCGUUUUAUACAUGUAUAUAAUAAUAACAUUUGAAUUACUCUAAUUUUACAUGUAAGUGUGUUUGAAAUAAAAAUUGAAGCCUUAUAUUUU